GUGCUUCGAAAUAUUAAUUCUUUUUGCAAGCUUUCAGUCGAUAUACUUGUUAUUGAGCUCUGCAAUCGGAAAAUCAUUAUGUUGAAUUAUAAUUUUGUCUACUACUAGGUUAUCUUGUUGCAUUUUCACUGGAUUUUGAAAAUAUACUGCUUGAUUUCGUCGGCAUUAUGAACAAUAUACUGGAAAUCUUGACCUUGACACAAUUGAGAUGCAUAUCAUCCUUAUAUGGUAGAGAUUUUACUUCACUUUUGUGUGGUUCAUAUGGAGCAGACUCGGAAGGUGUUCUAUCAAAUGUUUGAUUAAUCUUUUCUUUUCUAAGAUGAAUUUGGUCUAACCGAAUUCAUUACCGUUUUCGAAUUUAAAAUCGGUUGCGGAAUGAAUUCGGUUAUGGCCAAUUCGAAAUUGAAAACAGUACAUUGUUAGGAAGAUAAUACCGUUCUCGAAAGCUUUGACAACAUCCUCCCCAACUGCUGCCCAAUUCUUUUUAAAAAAUUUCACUGUGUAACCAUCUGGGUUCGGAACUUUUCCUUCCUUCAUACAGAACACAAUUUGCUUGAUUUAUUCAUAUGAGUAAACAAGGACUAAGGUGGGGAAACUUCUUUUUGUUUUCAAGCCAGAAAGGCUACAAUCAAAAUAAUUAUGUGUUUAAAUGUUUGUAAAUUUUUGUAUUUAAUUUUGUUUUACUCCGCAAGGAAGGCAAAAACUACAAUUCAAUGCUGAGCAUGCUCCAUCUCGAAAGGGUACAUAUUAUGUGCAUAAUACUAUGGAUUUUUCUAUUUGUGAUGCUAAUUACAUUGUUAGGAAGAUAAUACUUGAGAUUUAGUUAGUAUUUAAGUUUGUCUUAUGUGAGUUCUAUUUUUGGCCGAUAUGUCACUCUUAUUUUAAAGCCAAUGUAUUAUGCUUGUGAUAUGUAUGUUUCAUUCGGAUGCUUAUUUCCGUAUUUUGGUUGAUAGCCUUGAAGCAAAGCAAACCACUACAUGGAUUUCUUGUAGAAGACUUUUAUUCAAAGAAAGUCUAGGAUCUAUGAGUUCUUGUUAUGUAUGCAUGUUUUUUAUUUAGUUAAAGCACUCAUAUUAAUACAAUGGAGACUUUAAGUUCCUCUUGAGAUGCUGUUUAAAGGAUCAUAUUCCCUUAUUAGCAUCAAAUACCAGAAAUUCUUAACUUCUUAAAUUCAAUGAGUGCCACAGUGCACUUGUCUAGAUUGGAAGUAGUUUAGUUUCCUUUUGUUCUCAAUGAUUCCGUUGAACCUGUCUCCUUCUUCUAUAGUAUAAGAAUAACAGUAUAGGAAUGAUAAUUUAUUAGGUCUAUCCCCUUUCUCUAUAGUACAAGAGUAGUUAUAAAAUGUUGCCAUCAAAUCACCAAAAAAAGUUAAACAUUGGGACUAAAAUAACAUUUUGUUUGCAUAAAUAUUGACAAUUAAGGGUAAAGUAUGUAUCAAAUGUAGUUUGAUGGUGCGUGUUGCAAUUACAGUAAAGCGAAACGCAUAAAGUCGCCAACGUUUCUUCUUUUAUCUUUCAUUCUCUCCCUCCAAGCCCCUCGUCCUGUUACUUUCCCUCCGUUGCCGUCUUCAGCUCUUCCUUCGCCGCCGUAGCCGCAUCGUUCCUCCCACCGCUACGCUACUCUCUGGCUCCUUAACACGGUUGGUUUUACCUACGAAGAAGAAGGGGCAAGACCUACGAAGAAGAAGAAGAAGAAGAAGAAAGUAAAAGGGAGUUGGGAAGAUGAGAGGAGUUCAAUUGUCAUUGAACAAGACCCAGAAGCUUAGACUGGAAACAGCACUUGAGAAGUUGGAAUCCCUUUCCUCCACCACCAGCAACAAUUCCAAUGCCUCCGUCAUAGUCGCCGACACCAUUCCCAUCAAUUACGAAGACGGCGUUCUCAAAGGGCAUGGGACGUCGGAGAUGGAUGGCCGGGUGGUGGCAACCAUCUGCGGAGUGGUUGAGCGCGUGAAUAAGCUUGUCUAUGUUCGUGCUCUCAGGGCAAGGUACAAGCCUGAGAUAGGUGAUAUUAUUGUUGGCCGAGUUAUCGAGGUGGCUCCUAAGCGUUGGAGAUUGGAGAUCAAUUUCAGCCAAGACGCAGUAUUGAUGCUUUCUUCAAUGAACUUGCCUGAUGGCAUCCAGAGGCGCCGAACUGCUCUCGAUGAACUCAACAUGCGCAGUAUAUUUGAAGAGAAUGACAUUGUUUGUGCUGAAGUCCGUGGUUUCCAGCAUGAUGGAAGUCUGUACCUACAAGCAAGAAGUCAGAAGUAUAGAAAGCUUGAUAGAGGUCAAUUACUGAGAAUCUCCCCUUAUUUGGUGAAGAGGCGUAAACAACAUUUCCACCACCUAGACCAGUAUGGAGUUGACUUGAUACUUGGCUGUAAUGGAUUCAUAUGGGUUGGUGAACAUGUUGAAGCCAAAGAUGACAUGGUAGUGGAUCAAAUGAUCAAAUCCGAGCAAGAAAAUGCCAGUUUAAGUGGUUCAGUCAGUUCCCGUGAACAAGAACAAAGUCACACAUCAGUAGAGAUUAGGCAACAUAUAUGUAGAAUAGCGAAUGCAGUCAGAGUACUAUCCACUCUAGGUUUCAUGGUUACUGUGGAAUUGAUAACUGAGUUAGUUGAUUUGAGCAUCUCGCAUAAUCUUGAUAUACAUGAGAUGCUUGGGGCAGAAUUUUACGUCAUUGUUGCUGAGAAAGAAGCUGAACGUCGAAGCCUGGCAACUAAAAAGAGAUGAAAUCCUGACCCUGUAGUUUAAUAUUAGUGUCUGAUUUAUAAAUGCCUAUAACUGGUGGCAAAAGCCAUCUCUCCAAAGAGAGAGAGAUAGAGAAAAGAGAUUCAGUUUGUUGCAGUCAUCUUUGCUUAUAACUAAAUUUAAAUGUGUUCUCUGUUGAGAUAUUUUUGAACCAUUGACAGAUUUGUUAGCGUCAAAUUACUAAGGCAAUGAAGACUAGUUUCUUUGAUAA